AUGUUACAGAGGAGGAAGAAGAAAGGCGGCGGUGCAGCCGGAAAGAAGCUGAAUGCACUGAGCAAGGCGGCUCGGAAGGCUGCGGUUGCCAAGAAGCUGAGCAAGAUGACGAAGAAGGAGAAGGAGCAGUACCGAAAGGGGAAGCGGAACUCGGACAGCGAAAGCGAGUUCAGCUACCGGAGCUACGUGAGCGACGGAGGCACACGGCACGUGGCCAGGAGGCGACGCCAUGAGGACGGGACGUACAGCGAUGAACACUCUUACCACAGCAGCCAGGACGAAGACGGUGAGGCGAGGCGGCGGCGAAGACGGAGGGACCGGGAACACGGGGCGGACAGCGCGCAUAGCUACUACAGCGUGGUUAGCGAGGGCGGAACCCGUACGGUACGGCGACGACGGAAGCGGGAAGACGGUACCUACAGUGACAGUGAGGCCUUCAACAGCGACAAGGCGGGCACGGACAGCGAGGGUGGCAGAAAAGGAGAGGAUGAUGGAGACUACGGUCUAGAUAGGGAUGAUAAAAAUUCAGAAGGAGAAUCUGAGGACUCUGACGUGAGCGUAUACAGCGAAGUCAGUGAGGGAGGCACCCGGCAUCAGAUGCAACGAAAACGUAUACGUGACGCUGACGGCAACAUCGUCGGUUAUGGCGAGCCGGAACCUCAUAAACCCAAGAAGAAAACGUCAAAUAUCGGGGAUGUUGGGUCGGACAGAGAUAAGAACGAGGCCCUGGGGAGUCUGAAUCAAAAGAGGGACGGGGAGUUACUCAGAGAGGUGACCACGGACAGCCUGAAGGGCCUCCGAGAGGAUGGCGAGGACCUCAUACCACCCAACAUCGACUGGCCAGGCCGGGAUGCUGCAGAGCAGGAACAAAAGAUCCUACAGGAGACGGAGGAGCACAUACCCUCCGACUUUAGCGAUGCGACCACCGAGGACGACAUCGACCUCUCCAAACUGACCCCAGCCCAGCGCCGCCAGUACCUCGCCGAGAAGGAGCGCCGCCGGAAAGAGAGAGAGAAACGCCGCCGGGAGAAAUACGGGGAUAGCUAUGAUGAGAUUAUGAAAAAGAAAAACGCAAAGAAGCAUGAAGAGUUGUCUAAGAAACUAGCGGAGAAGGAAGCGGAAGACAAGGCCCGUAAGGAGGCUGAGGAACGUCAGGGGAACGGACGCGAUCGAAUGGGCUCCCGCAGGUGGAGCAACGCGUCAAGUCUCAGAGGUGGCGGUGGGCGGCCAAAGUCGAUGGUGACGUACGACAAGGCGCCUCCUCGGGGACUGUCGGACACCGGCGCUGUGGACAAGAGGGAGAUUGGGCUCGCUCACGACGAGUAUGUCAUACACUUUGUCAUUGAAAAUAAUUUAGAAAUCAGUGUGUGUUAUUGA